CAUCAGAAAAAUACGGAUUCAUGGUAAAGGCUGGCUUUGGGUUGAAGGAGUGGCCAAUGAUAAAAGCUUUGAAGGUUGCACAGCAAUUUCGUUAAUGGGCAAUAAACUAGCAGAACUUCCUGAAGGAUUGGUAUGUCCACAGCUCAGAGUUGUAUUAUUAGAACUGGAUCGUGGUUUGAAUGUUCCAGAGAGGUUUUUUGAAGGGAUGAAAGAAAUUGAAGUUUUGUCCCUAAAGGGAGGGUGUUUGUCAUUGCAGUCACUUCAAUUCUCGACGAACCUUCAAUCGUUGCUGUUGAUGGAGUGUAAAUGCAAGGAGCUCAUUUGGUUGAGAAAGCUGCAAAGGCUUAAGAUUCUUGGUUUUAUAGGGUGCGACUCCAUUGAAGAAUUACCUGGUGAAAUGAGGGAGCUCAAGGAGUUGAGGUUGUUGGACGUGACAGGUUGUAGAAAUCUAGGAAGGAUUCCCGUGAAUUUGAUUGGAAGCUUGAAGAGGUUAGAAGAACUGCUAAUCGGGUGUUACAGCUUUAAGGAAUGGGAUGUCGUUGGGACAAGCAGGGGAGGAGUGAAUGCGAGCCUAAGAGAACUAAACUCGUUGUCUCAUUUAGCUGUAUUAUCAUUGAGGAUACCGAAGGCUGAAUGCAUUCCCAGAGAUUUUGUUUUUCCCAGGUUGCUCAAAUAUGAUAUUUGGGUGUUAGGGAAUGGGUAUUCAGAACUUGAUAAUGAAUACCCAACUGCAAAGACAAGAUUAUGUUUGGGUGAAAUCAGCGCCACAUCCUUAAAUGCGAAGACAUUUGAGCAAUUGUUUCCUACUGUGUCUCAAAUUAGUUUUCAUAGAGUGGAGGGUUUGGAAAAUAUAGUAUUGUCCUCUGAUCAGAUGACCACCCAUGGCCAUGGGUCUCGAAAGGACUUCUUGCAAAGAUUAGAACAUGUCAAAGUGAAUGGAUGUGGGGAUAUUCGCACUCUGUUUCCAGCUAAAUGGCGGCAAGCUUUGAAAAAUCUAAGGGGUGUGGAAAUUAAAGACUGUAAAUCAUUGGAAGAGGUUUUUGAAUUGGGCGAGGCUGAUGAAGGAAGCAGUGAGGAGAGGGAGCGGUCGUUGUUGUCAUCUUUAACAGAGCUACAACUGUCCUGCUUACCUGAGCUCAGAUGCAUAUGGAAGGGGCUCACCGGGCAUGUCAGCCACCUAAGUCUUGCUCAUCUGAAUUUGGAUUCUCUCGACAAACUGACAUUUAUCUUCACACCGUCCCUCGCUCAAAGUCUACCACAGCUAGAAACACUUAAGAUAAGAAGUUGUCGUGGAUUGAAGCAUCUUAUCAGAGAAAAUGAUGAUCAAAGUGAAAUAAUUCCAGAGUCUCUUAGCUUCCCGAAGUUAAAAACUCUCCUUAUAGAAUACUGUGGUCACCUGGAAUACGUCUUCCCUGUCUCUGUGUCUCCGAGUCUUCUGAAGCUGGAACAGAUGACUCUAGUUACUAGCAAUUUAAAGCAAAUAUUUUACAGUGCAGAAGGAGAUGCUGUCACCAGAGGUGGCACCAUCAACUUCCCUCGGCUAAGAAAAUUGUCUCUUUCAAAUUGCAGCUUCUUUGGUCCAAAGGAUUUUGCUGCCCAGUUGCCUUCUUUGCAAGAGUUAACCAUUGAUGGCCACGAAGAAUCGGGUAAUUUGUUGGCACAGCUCCAAGGGUUUACAAGUUUGGAAACAUUGAGGUUGUCCUCCCUGCGUGUGCCUGACUUGAGGUGUCUAUGGAAGGGUCUCGGGCCAUGCAAUUUGACUACUUUGGAGGUGAAAAGGUGUAAGAGACUGACACAUGUAUUCACAAACAGCAUGAUUGCUAGUCUAAUUCAACUGGAAUUUCUAGAGAUAUCAGACUGUGAGGAAUUGGAGCAAAUCAUUGCUAAGGAUAAUGAUGAUGAAAAGGAUCAGAUAUUUUCAGGAAGUGAUCUCCAAUCUUCAUGCUUCCCUAAUUUGUGUCGACUUGAGAUCACAGGAUGCAACAAGUUGCAGAGUCUCUUCCCGAUAGCCAUGGCUUUCGGUCUCAAAAGGCUUGAAAUACUUGAAGUAAGGGAAUCCUCUCAAUUAUUGGGAGUAUUUGGGCAGGGUGAUCACGCUUCACCUGCCAAUCUUGAGAAGGAGAUGGUGCUCCCUGAUCUGCAGGAGUUGUUGCUUGUACAAUUACCAAGUAUUUCCUGCUUUAGUCUCGGAUGUUCUGAUUUCUUGUUCCCUCAUUUGAAGAAGUUGAAGGUGGAUGGAUGCCCAAAGCUAACCACAAUAUUUGGUACCACAUCAAAUGGUUCAAUGAGUGCUCAAUCAGAGGGGUCUAUGAAUUUGAAAGAAAGAUCUAUUGAAAACAUGGAAGGAGUACAAGAUUUAAUGCAAGUUGGAUGUUUGAUAACUAAUCGAAGAGGUGGGCAUGAACUUUCAAUCGUGAGUUUGGAAACAUUCUUGAACUUAUUGCCAAACUUGAGGUGUAUUUGGAGAGGUCUCGUGCCGAGCAAUUUGACUUCUUUGAAGGUGAACGAGUGUAAGAGACUGACACAUGUAUUCACAAACAGCAUGAUUGCUAGUCUAGUUCAACUGGAAUUUCUAGAGAUAUCAGACUGUGAGGAAUUGGAGCAAAUCAUUGCUAAGGAUAAUGAUGAUGAAAAGGAUCAGAUAUUUUCAGGAAGUGAUCUCCAAUCUUCAUGCUUCCCUAAUUUGUGUCGAAUUAAGAUCAGAAGAUGCAACAAGUUGAAGAGUCUCUUCCCGAUAGCCAUGGCUUCAGGUCUCAAAAAGCUCCAAGGACUUAAAGUAAGUGAAUCCUCUCAAUUAUUGGGAGUAUUUGGGCAGGGUGAUCACGCUUCACCUGCCAAUCUUGAGAAGGAGAUGGUGCUCCCUGAUCUGCAGUGGCUGAUUCUAGAAAAAUUACCAAGCAUUCUCUACUUCAGUCAUGGAUGUUAUGAUUUCAUAUUCCCUCGUUUGUGGAUGUUGGAGGUGCGUCAAUGUCCAAAGCUGACCACAAAAUUUGAUACUACAUCAAAUGGUUCAAUGAGUGCUCAAUCAGAGGUAUCUCAAGUAGCUGAGGAUGCCAGCACUUGUUGCUCCGUGCCAGCCAGCACUUGUUGCUCCGUGCCAACCAGCACUUGUAGAACGUGGGCCCGAAUACAUGGAUGGGAAGGGGAAGAGGAAGAGGAUGAAAGGUGGUCAUGAUGAUUGAGUCAGAUGAUAAGUUAAUAUGGACUUUGGACUUUGAAGAACAUGCUCAUAAUUCAUUCUUGCAGGUUGGUUGGUUACCUAUGUGAUGAUCAACUCGACAUUGGUGGGAAGUAAUUCCAGCUGUUUCAUUAGCUACAACAAUUUGUCUUAUUUCAUGUGUUUGUUGUGUGAACUUCCAGAAAUAAGGGUAAUGUAAUGUUAUGUGUUAGUAAUUUAUUGUGUGAACCUCAAGAAAUAAGGGCUUCUGUUUGUUUGCCCAUUUGUGUUUCUUUUCAAGUGUCCGAACCUUCAAAAACGAAAGGCAUAAUGUUUACUCAUUUGUGUGCUAUUGUUUAAUGUUUGGAUUCUCAUUCUCCUCA